AUGCCUGGACAGCUUUCCCUGGUAAAAACCUUCCUGCUAGCCGCCUGGGUCGAGGCAAUCGUCUAUGGAUUCCUUUGCUGCAUCUUUGGAGCAACGAUGUUUGUGUAUUUCUCUCCGAAGUACAGUCGUGUUGGUACGAAGCGUGAUAUACACACAACUAGUAUGAUAAUGGUCUCUGGAGUGAUGUUCUUUAUGGCCACGUUCCACCUUGCAAUGAAUGGAUUCCGACUCAUUCGUGGAUAUGCCGAUUUCCGUGAUGCUGAUGGCGGACCCGUUGCAUACAUUGGCAAUCUCAGGCGGUGGGAUCAUAUUUUAAAGGAUACCAUAUAUGCCACCCAAGAGAAUCUAGGAAGUGCAGCGGCGAUAUACAGAACAUGGACCUUGUGGUCUUAUAACUGGAAGAUCAUUGUGUUGCCGUCUAUAAUGUUGAUGAUAAAUAUUGUGGCAGGAUACAUUGUAUGUGGAACAUACAGCUCUGUCGACCCCACAGCAACGGUUUUUCUUCCCCGCUUGAAUACCUGGAUCAAGAUAUUUUAUUCCAUGGCGGUGGCUCUUAACAUCAUUACCACUGGUCUUAUGGCAUGGCGUAUCUACAGCACGCAUAUGAAAUCGGCUAACUAUAAUGUUGGCCGAGGCAGACUUAUUUCCAUUCUACGAAUUCUCAUCGAAUCGGCUGCCCUCCAACUCAUAGUUGAGAUCGUUUUACUGGCAUUGUACUGCAGUGACAUCAAUGCACAGUAUAUCCUCUUAGAGAGCGUCACUUCUGUUGUGGCAAUCACAUUCAACACAAUCACACUCCGUAUCAAACUUGACACUUAUGCCGAAGACCACAAAUAUUCUCAAAAAAGCUCCGGACACCAGGUUCAGACGAUCGGAAGUAUUCCAAUGAAACGCAUUCAAGUCAAUAUAAACCACGAAACUGUUGACAAUAACGAUGAUAGAAGCUUUAACUCACAUCUUGGAGACAGGGAAGCAGCUAUCGGGAAGGCCUGA